AUGGUAUCAGCCACUCAGCUUCUAGCUUCCCUGGCUUUCUUGGGUGUUCUGGCAAGAAGCGACGGACUUCAUCGCCGCGCUAUAGAACUCACAGCCAGCAAGGAUGGUGUAAAUGCCGCGGGAUACUACUACUCUCUUUACAAUGACAACCAUGCCGGCGCCGAUUACACUGAGUACCCUGGCAAUGGCCGGUUCCAACUGAAAUGGAACGUAGAUAGAGAGUACCUAGGAGGUAAGGGCUAUCGUGGCGGUAGCACUCGGAAAUUAACAUGGGAUGGCAACUUCAAGGCGGAAGGUGACUACACUCUGGCGGCCUAUGGCUGUACUACGGACCCUGUCACCGAGUGGUACAUCGUUGAGCAAUACGGGACGGGCACCCCAGGUAAUGGCCAUAUCCUUGGCCAGGUCAAUGUUGACGGCGGCGUAUAUGACGUCCAUAUGCUUCUCCACAGGAAUGUACCGGGAAUGUACGGUGUGACCAACUUUAAUCAGCUGUGGUCUGUCCGUCGUAAUCAUCAUACCGCCGGUUCAGUCAAUGUCACAGCUUACUUUAAGCACUGGAAAGAGCUUGGACUCCAGCCAGGCAACCCCGUCUUCCAGAUGAUGACUGCCCGAGGGGUUCACGAGCACUGGAAAUCUAGGUUUCCAGCUACAUUAAGGGCGGCCCACGAGUCCGAACGUAGUCUAUAG